CAGGCCCACCUCCUGGCAAGUUAAAACUACCCGAUAGUGUGGUGAUGGUCGUCGGGAGCCCGGGAGCACCCACUUACACCGCACACACAACCAACCUGUCUCGAGUCUCGGGCUUCGUCAGCCCAAAUUCGGCAUUUCGCAUCAUAUCGACUUGAGAGGACCAAUUGAAUUGCUCUUGCGCAUUCGGCCCAGCCAUGUCGAAGCGCCCCGCGGUUCGACAGCCUCCUUUCGAUCCUUGAUCCUCGAUCCUCGAUCCUCGAGUCAAGAUGGCCAACCGGCGCGCUCCGCCAAUGCGCAACGGCGGCUACGGGAACCUUGACGAACAGGAGCCACAACAGCAGCAACCCCAACAGCUGCAACAGCAGCAGCCACGGCGGCAGCGGCAAGACCGCCCGAGCGACGACUACGACCCCUUCGGCGAAGGCUACGGCAGCGCCGGCGACCGAUAUGUCCCGCCCCGCCAGGCCGCCUCGCGCCCUCCGCCCGCCGCUCGGAAUGCACGACCCGCCCCCCAGCGCGGCUUCGAGUCCAACGCCGAGCGAGAGAUUGCAAAGGUGCUCGAGCUGAUCAAGCGCGACUGGCCCGCUAUGUGCGAGACCGACUGCAUCCCCGUCCAGCUGGCCCUGCAGCUGCUGGACACCAGCUCCGUCGGCCGCGCCCACGAGUACCGCACCUUCCAGAAGACGCACAAGUACCUCCAGGACUCGCUCAAGAACAUCGUGCACGACUACCACCAGGGCUUCAACAGCUCCAUCGGCACGUUCCACAAGAUCCAGGGCAGCAUCCAGGCUUCCCAGAAGAAGGUCCGCGCUCUGAAGGAGUCCCUGGCCUCGUCCAAGACGGCCUUGUGCACUACGGACCCAGAGCUCAAGAAGCUGCACACCACCUCGCGCAUGUACGACGAAGUGCUGCAGACCCUCAACGAGCUAGACGAUCUACGGGCUGUGCCCGAUCAGCUCGAAGCCAGGAUAUCCGAGAAGCGCUUCCUGUCCGCCAUCGAGGUGCUGCAUAAUGCCCUGCGGAAGCUCAGAAAACCCGAGCUGGACGGCAUCGGCGCGCUGACUGACUUGCGUAGCUACUUGGCCAACCAGGAGACCGCCAUCAUGGACAUCCUGAUUGAGGAGCUCCACGAGCAUCUGUACCUCAAAUCACCCUACUGCCAGGAACGGUGGCAGAACCUCGCCAAGAGCCAGGGUGUCUUGAACGACGCCUAUGGAGAAUCUCUCACCGUCGCCCCCUUUUACGCCACCCUGGAGUCUGUUGACUGGGAGCGGCCCGCCAUUGAAGACCCGCAGAAGAAUCCCGAAGCGGACACCUUCUCCUACGUAACCCUGGUCGUGGAGGCCCUGAACAAGCUGGGAAGGCUAGAGGGCGCGGUAGACACGCUCAAGCAGAGGCUUCCUGUCGAGCUGUUCACCGUCGUCAACGAGACAAUCAACGACAUUGACCAGAAGCACCCCAGCUCGCUAAGGGGCGGCUCUUCCGCCUCCGGCGGUCUCCACAUGUACGGCCAUCGCGAAACUCAGAUGAGAGCAGACGUCAUAUACGACCUGCUCUGGACGCUGUUCGGAAAGUUCGAAGCCAUUGCCGAGGGCCACCGCGUCCUCCACGAGUCCAUCAGGGCAUUGAUACGCCGCGAGGGAGCCGGCAACAACAGCACUCUGCUGGGAAGCUUCAAGGAGCUCUGGAAUCUCUACCAAAACGAGAUCCGGUCCCUCUUGCACAACUACGUCACGACCGACGCAGAUGUCUACCAGUUUCGCUCCUCCCCGAGGCCUGGCGCGGGCGUGAACGGGAGGACCGACGCAGGCCGGGAUAGUCUCUUCAAAUUCUCAGAGGCCGACUCCAAGUCAGCCGAGAUGGUGACGGAAUACGAAGCCCUAGACAGCAUCAUCCGAGCGGCCGUUCCAGGUCUGACGUCCAAUUCGACUCGUAAAGAUAAGAAGGCGUCCCUGAUCGUGCCGAGAUCCGACCCCGUGACAGCUAGAAAAAGCACGGGUCCUGGAUCGGGCAACAAUCAACAGGCGCGUGGGACGUACAAGUCUCUUGUGGAACCCAGUGUCUUCAACAUGAGUCUGCUCCUACCGCCCACCCUCGUCUUCCUUCAGCGUCUUAAGAACAUAGUCCCGCCCGGGUCAGAUCUAGCGACAAGCACAUUGACGUCGUUCCUCGACAACUUCCUCGUCAAUGUAUUCCAGCCACAGCUCGACGAGACUCUUGGGAAGCUUAGCGAUACUGUCUUUGGAGAGGCCGAUGCAUUCCAACAAGACCCCGACUGGGCCCAGGUGGCCAAGCGGCCAGUCUUCCGGGGAACAACAGCCUUCUUCACUGUUGUCACGGCAUUUUGCAGGAUGCUGGGCACUAUACCUCAUGACCAAGCACUAAGCUCGCUCAUCAUCACGCAAAUGCUUCGGUAUUAUGAUAGGUGCUUUAGUUGGUACAAGGCUCUCGUCACAAAAACACAGGAGGAGUCUUCCAGUGCUCAGGCUCUGCGAGCAUCCGCCGUCAUGGCGCUGGAGCCUGGAGAGAUCAACGAGACCACGCAGAAGUUGUGGAAAUCAGACCACAGCAACCUCGAGUUGCUUGAGCAAGAAGCCAGUCUAUUGAUAGAGCAGACUAACGAGACGAAGCUCGAGGUCAGCGACAUCAUCCAAGACCGCGAUACAAUCUCGUCGCUUUGUCUGCUAUAUACCAGCAUGAAAUGGCUGUCGGUCAAGAUUCUCGGGCUGCGGCACAUCACAAGGAAUGAGACAGAUUCAUCUAGAUCGACCCUACCAAAGCCCGAGAAGAAGCGAUGGACGCUACUGAACGACCCGAGCAAGGCCACGGCCGAGGAAGGGCCCGUGCAUCUCCCGAUGACCCAGGAGACUGUCCAGUGAGGCCCCCGUGAUUUAGUGCUCUGCCGCUGUAAGACGAGAGCUAAUCCAUGAUACAGGUCGUUUGACGGCAUUUUCUCGU